AUGAGGCAGAGAAGGUGGUUGAAAUUCUUGAAAGAUCAUGAUUUUGGUUUGAAUUACCAUCCUAGUAAAGCAGAUGUUAUGGCUGAUGCAUUGAGUAAGAAGUAUUUGCAUAUGUCGAUGUUGAUGGUGCGAAAUUUAGAUUUACUUGAGCAAUUUAGAGAUACGAGUUUGGUUUGUGAAGUGACUUCUUCUGGAGUUAAGCUUGGUAUGUUGAAGCUUACUAGUGGCAUUCUUUAUGAGAUUCGAGAAGUUCAGAAAUCUUAUUUGAGUUUGGUUGAUCGAUUCACGUUAAUUAAUCAAGGUCGAGGUGGUGAUUUUUGGAUUAAUGAGAAUGGUAUCAUGAGAUAUUGUGAUGGAGUUUGUGUUUCGGAUAUGUCAGGCUUGAAGAAUAGGAAUCUUGAUGAAGGACAUCGUAGUGGAUUGAGACAUCGAGUAGCUGUGAAGCGAAUUGUGGAUAGAUUAACGAAAUUUUCUCACUUUAUUCCAAUAAGGAUGGAUUAUCCGAUGGAGAUUCUUGUGAAGCUGUAUGUUGAGAGCAUUGUUUAUUUGCAUGGUAUUCUGUCUAGCAUUGUGUCUGAUAUAGAUCCUAGUUUAACUUCAAGAUUUUAG